CAUGCAUUCACUACUUUCGACGUGUUCCAUGAGCUCAGUUGUAAAUUAUUGAAGUCGGUUUAGGUUUACUACAGCGUGUUUGUUGUUUGGUUCAUUCCCCAACUCCAAUCGCCGCCGCGUCCUCCCAACCCCCUCGACAAUGGUCCGCUGGGGCCGUCUCUUCGAUUGGGAUGGCCGAGACCGUCGCCAUCUUCACCAUGAAUUCCAAGCUCUGCUACCGACCCGGCGAAACAAUGUCGUGCCCUCUCCUUUCCCCGCCAAAGAGGUAACCAAAGUCGCCCUCCGCCUCAAGCACCAGAUCGAACAGGUCAUCCCCUGCGAAUUGGACGAGUGCACGGUCACGAAACCACACAGCUCGAUCAUUACACAUGCCGUCGUGAACACCGCGAAGCAGGCGGGGGGCGAGGAAUACGCUGCGUGCGUGGUGUACUGCCUGCUGGUGGCGAAGAAAUGGUUCACCAUCCAGGCGCAUCACGAGCUCUGGGAUGCGGACAUGCAUCGCGUCCGAAGUGUGGCAUGCGAAAUCAUUGCCAAGCGAAUAAUCGAAGAAGAGGAAGACCAGCAGUACCUCCUCGAACAGGUCCUCCUCAAACGAUAUUCGAUAUAUGUCAACGAAGAAGAUACGCUACCAGCCAAUGCUGUGGAGCGAGCCGUCGACCUCCAUGCCUUAACUGUGAUCGGCUCGUCUGGGUACCAAAAGUGCAUAGCAUAUCUCUGGAGGGGUUGGUUGGUCCAAGAUGACGACGAUCCGUCCCGGUUUGUCGAUUAUCAUGAGAAAACGAACACCAACUACUGGGCACACUUCAAUCCGGAUCGCCUGAGAGUGCCGCGCUAUCAGAACAACGUCCAGAUUGCCUUCUCGUUCAUUUACCUGGCGCUGUACACAGCUGCCGUCAACACCAUCAAUCCGUCAGGCGACCUGGAUAUCGUGGAAGGGCUUCUGUACCUCUCCACGCUGGGGUUCAUCUGCGAAGAAGUGUCGAAAUUCUGGAAAAUUGGCCGCUAUUACUUUGGGUUUUGGAAUGCUUUUAACAGUACCCUCUACACCCUGCUCACGGUAAGCUUCGUCUUGAGAAUGGUUGCGCUGGCGCACCCUAUGGGCGACGUCAAACGAGGCCACUUUAACGAAUUGAGCUACAACUUUUUGGCCUUCACGGCUCCCAUGUUCUGGGGAAGACUCGUGCUGUACCUCGAUUCGUUCCGGUUCUUCGGCGCCAUGCUUGUGGUGCUCAAGGUCAUGAUGAAGGAGUCUCUUAUCUUCUUUGCGCUGUUGAUUUUCAUCCUGGUCGGCUUCUUGCAGGCGUUCGUCGGGCUGGACCAGGUUGAUAACAAAUUGACUGCCACGACCUUCAUCCUUCAAGCGAUGGCGAAUGCGAUCAUGCAGUCUCCAGAUUUCAGUGGCUUCGAUAACUAUGCGCCUCCGUUCGGCAUCAUUCUCUAUUACAUUUAUACCUUCGUAAUCAUGGUCGUGCUUUUGAAUAUUCUCAUCGCCCUAUACAACAGCGCAUAUGAGGAUAUUACGGACAAUGCAGUGGAUGAGUAUAUGGCGUUGUUUGCGCAGAAGACCAUGCAAUUUGUUCGCGCCCCGGAUGAGAAUGUUUUCAUCGCUCCACUCAACGUGAUCGAGAUCGUCUGCCUCAUCCUCCCAUUCGAAUGGUGGCUGCCGGACGCGACCUACGCGAAGCUGAACGAUUACAUCAUGCUGGUCAUCUACUCCCCCCUGCUACUGAUCACGGCGAUCUUGGAGACGCAGCAGGCGCACCUCGUCCGGAAGAACCGGAAGCGGGGCGAGGAGUACGACGACGUGAUCGAGGAGUGGGAGCAGAUGGACGGCGAGCUCGAUUUCGAGGGAGAGGGAUGGCAUAAGAAGGUGGAGGACUCUAGGCCGAACGUCGAGACGGAUGCGGCGAUUCUCGAGAUUCGGGAGUUGAGGGCGGAGAUCAAGGAGCUUAGGGAGUUGGUGAGUCAGAAAGGGACAGGGCACGGUCAUGGCGGUGGUUGAGUGAUGACGAGUUCCUUUGCUUUGCGAUUGCAGCGUCCGUUAGGUAGCUCUUUGGGUGAAUGCGGCUCUUAUAGUACCUGUUCAUAAAUCAGGAGAGGCUUCUCUGACGCUGGAGGCCCCCACAGCUAGCCUGGUUACCAUUUAUCAGUCGGUUACGGCCUUGGUCUGUCGUUCGUUCGAACAGUUAAACGGCCAAUAAAUCACUCCACCAACUAAGAACGGCCAUGCACCACCACCCACAAGAUCAAGAAAGAGCUCUCAAUCUGUCAAUCAUAG